UGCAGAGGAAAUUGAGGCUGGUCAGUCUCCUGUGAAUCCUCACUGCCCUCGGACCUUCAUCGUCUCUGUUCAUUAGACCAAAUCCCCUCUCUCUCUCUCUCUCCUUAAUUAGAGGAGAUGAAUAGUUAAUAAGCAAAAAGAGACAAGGCACUAAAUCCAAUCACAGCCCCUUCUGUGUCCAUUUCUCUCUCACCCCUGUGCUAAAAAUACAUUCUUGCCUUCUGGGUUUGCCACAUUUCUCUCACUUGUUUACUCACCAGUCACCACUCUCCCUCCCCCCUCCUGCAAUGACGGAAAGACAAACGGAAACAGAAAAGAAAAAAGAGAUCUUUUUAUGAGGUGAUGAUACUAUUAUAGCUUUUCUUUAUUCAGGCAAACAGAGGAACAUACUUUUUCUUCAUUUUCCCGUUGUUUUCUUUGCUUUCCCAAGCUCUCAUGGUUUCUGGGUUCCGCUAAAAGAUCCUCCCUUCCUUCCUUUCCCAUGAAGUAACAUGAGAAGUGAGACCCCGAGCACCAAAGCCUCCCAAUGCCCGUUUCGAUUUUGAAGGUUAAACGUUCCAGGAGUGUCUAUAGCUGAGAAUCUUUUCCAGAGAUCGUAAACAAUCGUACCAAUGGCCAAGGAAUACAGUGGAUCCCCGAAGCAUCAUCACAUCGAAUCUAAGAAGAGACGUCUCACCUAUAUAGUAUGCGUUAGCGGUCUCUGUGUGUUGUUCUACGUUUUGGGAGCAUGGCAGAGCACGCCUGUCCCAAACAAUCAGUCCGAAGCCUACACCAGAAUUAAAUGUGAUACUGACAACCCCAAUGCAGGCGGUGGCCAGUCCACCAAAUUCUCUUCAUCUUCAGAGUCGUUCUCGUUGGACUUCCAAAGCCACCAUCAGGUCGCCAUCAAUGACUCCGAUGCUGUGGAGACGAUUCCUGCAUGUGAUAUGUCCUACAGCGAAUACACUCCUUGCCAAGAUCCGCAGAGGGGGAGGAAGUUCGAUAGGAAAAUGCUGAAGUACCGAGAACGGCAUUGCCCCAAGAAAGACGAAUUGCUAAGGUGUCUGAUUCCUGCUCCACCAAAGUAUAAGACCCCCUUCAAAUGGCCUCAGAGCCGAGACUAUGCAUGGUACGACAAUAUACCUCACAGAGAGCUCAGCAUCGAGAAGGCUGUGCAGAAUUGGAUCCAAGUUGAGGGCGAUCGAUUCAGAUUCCCCGGAGGAGGAACCAUGUUUCCUCGUGGUGCCGAUGCGUAUAUAGAUGAUAUUAAUGAGCUGAUACCUCUUACGAGCGGAAAAAUUAGAACUGCAAUUGAUACGGGCUGCGGGGUUGCAAGUUGGGGUGCUUACCUGCUGAAGAGGGACAUCCUAACCAUGUCUUUUGCCCCAAGGGAUACUCAUGAGGCGCAGGUCCAGUUUGCUCUGGAGCGAGGAGUGCCGGCCAUGAUUGGGAUCAUGGCUUCCCAAAGAAUUCCUUACCCAGCCAGAGCAUUUGACAUGGCGCAUUGCUCCCGUUGCUUGAUUCCAUGGAAUAAUUUUGAUGGACUCUAUCUAAUUGAAGUGGACAGGGUGCUGAGGCCCGGUGGUUAUUGGAUUCUUUCUGGCCCCCCAAUCCGCUGGAAAAAGUACUGGAGAGGCUGGGAAAGAACCCAAGAAGACUUGAAGCAAGAGCAAGACUCAAUAGAGGACGUCGCCAAGCGCCUAUGCUGGAAGAAGGUGAUUGAAAAGGAUGAUCUUGCGAUCUGGCAAAAGCCUAUCAACCACAUCGAAUGCAUCAAGAGCCGGAGCGUUAUAAAAACACCUCACAUAUGCAAGGCAGACAACCCUGACAAUGCUUGGUACAGAGAAAUGGAAACUUGCAUAACCCCGUUGCCAGAAGUCAGCAGCUCGGACGAAGUAGCUGGUGGCGCAGCGGAGAAAUGGCCAGAGCGUGCCUUCGCCGUCCCCCCAAGAAUAAGCAGCGGCUCAAUACCAGGAAUCACUGCUGAGAAAUACAAGGAGGAUAAUGAAUUAUGGAAGGACCGGGUGUCGCACUACAAGCGGAUAAUUAGUCCUCUAACGCAGGGACGGUACCGCAAUGUGAUGGAUAUGAAUGCUAACCUCGGUGGAUUUGCAGCUGCGCUAGCUAAAUAUCCCGUGUGGGUCAUGAAUGUGGUGCCCGUGGACAAUAACCACGACACUCUUGGAGUGAUCUAUGAGCGUGGUUUCAUUGGCACCUACCAGGACUGGUGCGAGGCAUUCUCAACAUACCCGAGAACGUAUGAUCUCAUCCAUGCCGGUGGCUUGUUCAGUAUCUAUCAGGACAGGUGUGACGUUACAUACAUCCUGCUGGAGAUGGACCGGAUCUUGAGGCCUGAAGGAACUGUUAUAUUCCGGGACACGGUCGAAGUCCUUGUAAAGAUCAAGAGUAUAACAGAUGGAAUGAGAUGGACGAGCCAGAUCAUGGACCACGAAAGCGGACCGUUCAAUCCCGAGAAGAUUCUUGUCGCUGUGAAAUCUUACUGGACCGGCAAACCGUCGCAGAAACAGCUCUAGUAGGCAUUGUUGUACUAUACAUAUGAUUUUUGGGUUGGAGUUAAUCGGGUUCUCCUUUUCCCCGCCUCUCCUCUAGAAUUCUUCUUGUGAUAACUUUUAGUUGGUAAAACAGCCAAUGCCUUCUGAUGGCACAAAAUCAGAUAGUUUUGUAUGCUAUGGGAGAAACUUUAAAUGAUAAGGUAUAUUUCAUUCGCGCCUUUA